UUUUAUUUCUGUGCACACGUGAGAGAAAGGUUUCUCAGUUUUACAUGUUCCGAAGAAGAAAUUUGACCCAUCAAAGCAUUUCGGCUUUCCGUUACCGAUUAGUUAUAGGAAGGUUUAAUUAAAAUAUGACUUAUUUCAGACAUGUUUUGUUGUUGUUAGAGUUCAUCCUUGAUCUGUGCAUAGCGCUGCCUCGCUCAGUAGAAUAAGAUGAAUGCCCAGAUUCACACAGCGGCAGUUUUGAGUACUUCCUGUUCAGUGAAGUAAAAAUGGCGACUCCCAUGGAGCUGAUCUGCUGGGGUAGUGAUUGGGGUUUGCCAUCCGUACAUACUGAUUCUCUUAUUGUUAUGGCCUACGCCAAAUUUUCAGGAGCUCAGCUGAAAGUACUGCCUAUUGACUUAACAUGGAGGACCUUAACAGGAACUGUGCCAGCACUGGAGUUUGAUGGGACCACUGUAACAGAGCCUGUGCACAUUUUGAGCUAUUUAAGGAAACAGAGAUACAAUGCUGAUUAUGAACUCACAGCUAAACAAGGAGCUGAUACAUUGGCCUUUAUUGCGCUGCUUGAGGAGAAACUGCGUCCGGCACUGUUGCAUACAUUCUGGGUGGAUGUUGAAAACUACUCCAAUGUAACAAGACCAUGGUUUGCUUCCAGAACCCCAUUUCCACUGAACUUCUUCCUACCUAGCAGGCUGUCCAGCGAGGCUCUGUCUCGGAUUAUGUUGACUAAAGGGGAACCUCCAUUGCACAGCAUCAGUGAGGUGGAAGCAAAAAUUUACAGUGAAGCCAAAGAGUGCCUGAAUCUUCUUUCGCAUAGAUUGGGGACAUCCCAGUAUUUCUUUGGAAACAUGCCAGCCAGCCUUGAUGCCUUCGUUUUUGGAUAUAUUGCACCACUUCAUAAAGCAGACCUUCCUAAUGGACAGCUACAAGUGCACCUGAAGCAGCUGACCAACCUUGGCCAAUUUUGUGAUGCCAUAAUUAAAACUUACUUUGUAGAAAGCGCCUCUGGUUUAUCUCCAGCCAGCCAGGAUGCAGUAGAUGCAAAUCUGCAAAAGCUGACACAGCUUGUUAAUAAAGAAUCCAACUUAAUUGAAAAGAUGGAUGACAAUCUUCGCAGCAGUCCUCAGCACAGGCCCAGGAGGUCGGAUCUGAAACCUUCCCUCAUCUCUGAAGAAAGAAAUUCUUCAAUGCCGGCAUGAUCCUGGCUGUUUAAUGGAUACAGUUUAAAUGAAUGCAAGAUCUGGUACACCUUCGGACUUUAGCAGGCAAAGAGAGUAUAGAUCCCAACACUACCUUGGCAGAGAGGACUGCUUCUGUAUACUUUCUUCUUUUGUAAUGAGGCAUUGCAGUUUUCCUGAAACAAAAGCGCACAGUGAACCAAUUUUGCUUGGCAGGUGUCAAGUUGCUUGCAUUGUGCAGACAUUGCCUUAAUAUUAUCUGCUUGCAAAUUGUGAAUUAGGUUAUACAUUCUCAGCAGAGGUGUGUGAUGGAGUUCAGAGGCCAAAUUCUUGUUAAAAAAAUACUGAUGGUAUAUUGGUCAUCUCGAAAUAAUGGAAAGCAACAGUUUAGGGAACUACAGCAACAUGAGUACAUGUAAAACACACUGAUCUGCCAAUAGAGUAGCUGAGAACAGUGAAAAGAGUGCAUUCUCAUUGAGUACUCUAAAAAUGAAAGCAUCUAACUAGAUUAAAGAGUCCUGGAGCUGUGAUGACCUACUGUAAAAAGCAUGAAGGAAAAUUGCUCUGAAUUGGAAAAGUGGAUGAGGUGGCAGAUGAGAGGAAAGAGACUUUAUUACAAGAUAUGGGGGAAUCUCAUGAAAGAUUGUAAUGAAACAGUUUGUGAGGUGCAGUUUCAUGGUUUCCAAUUUAAUUGGUGAGUUCUCAUGAUUUAAACAUACUGGGUUUCCAGUACUAGUGAAUGAAAUGUCAGCAGUAGAUUGCAUCAGUGAACAUUCACCAGGUAAUGUUGCAGAUCAUAUCCUGAGUAUAAUUCAGUUCAACAAUUAUUAUCUCUUGGGGGAGCUUUGUUUUGCAGAAUCCAACACAACAACACAAGAUACAAACAUCACCAACAAAGAGUUCAGUAAAAUCUGUGUUUCAGAAGAUGAGAGAAUAAUGUUAAUUUCUAGAGGGAGUUAAUGAUUUUGUAAGUCUAUUUCCAUUACACCUUGGGGCACAGAGACUUUUCUCAGGUGGGAGUAGUGUAAGUGUACGGGGGAGGGGAAGAUCCACACACUCCAUAAUGCCCUGUAGUUCUUCCAGUAUAAAUACUGCACAGUAUGUAGAUUGAAAGCAUUCUAUUAUAGUGAACAUUUUAUAAAACUUUCUCAUAUUUAGGUAACAUCCGUUCUGCAAGUGAUUCAAGAUUUUAUGUUUUUGAGAAGGACUGAAAUGAAUGAAAAACAUUUGGACAUUUGAUGCUGUAUUUAAGUAUAAAUGGAAUUGUGAAGUUUUGUGUUAAACUUAAAGGGACUGGAAAGUGAAAUAAUUUCAAUAUUUUAAUAUAUUAAAAUGUUAUAAACAGACUUGAAAUUCUAGUGUUAAGCACUGUAGUUACGACAACCGUGUUAAUCAUAGUAGCUUGACAGUUACUCAAAGGCACUGCAAAGGCAGUGAUAAUAUAAAGUUUAGCAUUGGUACCAUUUGUUAACCAUUUAAAAAAUUGUGGAAUAUUUACCCAUUUUCCUAAGGAACAAUUAAGACGUGGAGGGCUGCACUGUGAUGACUAAUGCAGUCUACUGUAAUCACUGUGCUUGGAAAGAACAUUAUGAUAUAAUGCAUCCAGUGCAAACCUCUUUUUAAGUUAUGUGAUACAGGAAGAUUUAUUCAAGGUAACACCUGAAAUAUCACAGCCUUAAGAUUUUCUUUACUACAUUUUGGCACAGAAUGAUUCAUUGUAGUGAUUUUAUCCUUUUUCCACUUCAAGAUAAUGAAAUAGGCUUUGUAUAUUCUUGACUCAUUAAUAGCUCCCAUGUUGAAAGUGUUUGCUUUGCUGCUGUCCGUUGAAAGAAAAUGCAUGAAAGCUUUGUUUUGGGUAUCAGUUUGUGUUUUGGUAUCUGUAGAAUUGAUUCAUUAAUCAAGAAUCUUAAGCAUGUUGUUUUAUGUUUGUUUGUACAGAGAGAGUAAUUAAACAUUCUCAAAGGAUUAUAAUCUCUGUGGUUCCCAUCCUCAGCUAUCUCUUAAAUAUUUGUAUACACGUCCACUAUAUAAGUAACUGUUGCAGUCAGGCUAGGUAAUAUAUUUACAAUAGAAAUGAGAACAUAUGUACAGUAACAGAUGUUGUGUCAUAGUUACCUUUUGUGGUACUGGUCUAUUGGUCAAUUUUAUUCUUAUCAAGUGCCUUCUAGUUCAAGGCAUUUUACUUUAACUACAAAAAAGUACAGUAAACAUAAAAUAAUAAAUCAUGCAUACAUGUGAAAUAUGAAAUAUAAUAUUUCAAGAAAAUGAUAGAAAUAGAAUAUGAAUUAAAGAGCAUCAAAAACAUUAUGUUUAAAGUUGGACUUAAGGAUAGUAAAACUUGAAGGUCAACAAGACAAUUUUAUAAUUUCAGUUAUAAAGAAAAGUGUGCUCACACACUUAGCUGAGCACUGCUAGAGUUGUGUGGAGUUGAUUGUCCUAGCUUGGUGUGGAAAUCCCCACCUUCUUACACAACAGUGAUCUAUGAGAAGGAAGAUUUGUGUAAGCAUGAACCAAGUGCUAAAUUACACUUCCAAUCAAUGCUAACACUUCUGCAGAUUAUACUGGCAGGUCCACACUGAGUAGGACGGCAUGUUCACUUCUUAACCUGCCACACUGGUACGAGAAUGAUAGCUUUAAUUUUCGGACUCAUGCAGUACUGUAUGUCUACUGUUGAGUGUCCUGUAUCAUUUUUAACAUUACUUUUCAUUACUUUCACUAGUAUGUGAAAGAUGUGCCCUAAAUGCAUUUUUAACCUGUCAUUAUUGAUGUCUAUGCAACCAAACAAAAAAAAUGUUUUUGUGGAGAUUUUGAAAUGCUUGGAGCUGCCUAGGUUUGAUUUAUGAAUCUAUUUGUUUAGACUAAAGUCUGGUUGUUUUUCAGCUCCCAAAGAGAAUAAAUCAAGAAACCUAUAAAAACAAGUCAUCCGUUGUCCUUUAGAUCUACUGAGAGCUUCAACAGAUGUGAAGUUAAAGCCAUAAUUGAUGCCUGAUUCAUUUUGAAGAUCUGAAAGGAAAAUUCAGAAGCAGGGAUACUCAUCUACAGUAUUAUGCAUGUGAAAUUUUACGGGAUGAAAUAGCAGCUAAAAUUCCACUGAAAUGAAUGUAGUAUUUUUAUAAAUGUCAUAAGAAUUAUGAAGUGUCAUUAAUUUAAAAAAGCAUUACUUAAACAACCUGCAGACAUUAGACUUCUGCUAAUAAAACCUAAUUUCUAAUCCAUGAGUCAUGUAACGUGCUGUGUUACCUUGUAAGAGUGUUUAUGUUUGCUUCAGUUACUCAGCAGGAAAAAAAAACAAAUUCUAAAACAAAGACUUCUACAUAUUUUUUAUGUCCCAUUUCAGGGUUAGAUUAAACCACUGUGGAAAAGCACAAAAAUACAGAUCAGGACUUAUCAACUUGGCUUAAAGCAAAAUUUCAAAAUGUGCAUAGAAUAUAUUAGAAUUGUGGAUCAACAUAAAGAAGUAAAAAUGCUUUGAAAAGAGUAGAACAUAAUUUCUGAUUUCUUCUCAGCAGUGUAUUUAAUAGGUUAGAAUAUUUGAAUGUAUCAUUUGCAGUAUGUUUUUUGGUUGUGCAUUAAAAUAUUAAGACUAUUUUCUCAGUAUCAGUUACAAAUAUUGUUUUUUCUUUUACAUAAUACAGAUGUGUUGCUAAUUCACAUUGUUAAUUUGUUCUUGAAUAAAAUAUCAAGAUUCACAGACAUGCUACAACCAGACAAAGCCUAUCUUAGGACUUAGGUCUAGUUCCAGAAGACACUUAGCUGAACAGUGCUGGAGUUGUGUGGACUUGAUUGUUAUAUUUGUUGGUGAUAUGAUUUCAUGAAUUAUUCACAUUGUUUAAAAUAAACAUUGGAAAACCCCCAUCAUAACUAAUACUGGUGUGUAACUGUAAAGUAAUGUACUCAUGUUGAAAAAAGUCAGAAAACCCCACAAACAAGCAACAGUUGAAAGUGGCUGCAUUUAAGAUUUGAAAAAGACAUAUUGUCUGAUUCAGGAACAUAUAAAAAAUUUGGUGAUGUUGAUGGGUCACAGACUUGAAGCAGACAAUGCAUAUAAUGGGUAUGCAUCCAAAUACUAACAUUACAAUCAUUUAAUUUGUCCCAAUCCUUAAGCUCACCCAAAUUGGGGAGGAUUGAACAGAACAAAUGACAUUAUUAUAACAUGGCUAAAUACACAGCAAAAAUAAUAGAUUUCACUUCACUGUCUCAAGAUUUGUUCUUUUUUCAGUGUAUAUGUGGGUUACUAUAUACUAUAGUAGUGGAACUGAAAAUUAUAUAAAUGUAAAUACUAUUCAGUACAAUUUAAACAUUUGUGAAUGUCCUAUAUGCUGCCUUAUGAAUGUGCUCUAUACAACAAUUUUGUUGUCAGUGGCUUUCUGUAAUCUAAGGCAUUUAUAAUUAGUGGGGUUAUCAAAGUAAUCAAAGUGUAGUUGAAACUUGGUUUUAAGUGGAUUAUUAUGAGAUAUUCCAGAUGUUGUCAUUUGUUUUUAUGUAAUGAAUGUUCAUUUAAAAAUGCUUGUAAAUCUCAUUUUGUAUAAUUAAAUGUCCAUAUAAUAAACACUUCUAUUUAAGGUAA